ACUUUAGUAGUGACGGCACUGUGAUCUAGAUGACGUUUUUAAAAAUGGCCGCCUUCAGUAAUUUUUGACAUUUAAAUUGGCUAGAUAAUGUUUACAUUGUGAUAAAGUUAUUUAUGCUUCACAAAAUCAAGGAUGCUUUUGAAGAUUUAAAUUUCAUUUUUAUAACGAUUAUUAAAAAAGAAAAAAAUUCAAGAUGCGUUCGAGAGAAGAUACAAAUGUAGUUUUCAGUAAUUCUAAUAAUAGUAAUCAAGUCGAUUGGUCAAGAUAUGGUUUACAUUCGGAAAAUCAUAGUGAACAAUCACAAAAUAGAAGUUAUGAUGAAUUUGGUCCUGAAAUGUAUCAAACAGGGACAAAUGAACUUUUUGCUCAGGAAUAUAAUGCUGAUCCAUGGUGGAAGUCAAAUUUUUUUAUAUCUCAACCAGUUUUAUUUGGCACAUGGGAUGGAGUUUUUACUUCAUGUUUAAUUAAUAUUUUUGGCGUAAUUGUUUUUUUGCGAUCAGGAUGGAUUGUGGGUGAAGCAGGAGCUUUACAUGCAGUUUUAAUUAUUUUAGCAACAGUUUGUGUCGCUUUGGUGACAGUUUUAUCAGCAGUGGGAAUUUGCGAAAGAUGUCGAGUUGAAAGUGGUGGAGUUUAUUUUUUAUUGUCACAUGUUCUUGGAUCAAGAUUUGGUGGAUCUAUUGGAUUAUUGUAUUGCUUUGGACAGGCCGUUGGUUGCGCUUUAAAUGUUUUGGGUUUUGGUGAAUCAAUGGCCGGACUUGUUGGUCUUCAAACACCAUGGGCGGAACAAGGUUUCGCGUGUGCUGCAGUCAUUUUACUUUCAGUGAUAAAUGUCGCUGGAGUAAAGUGGGUCGUGAAACUACAAUUUAUUCUAUUGCUUAUUCUUCUUUUGGCUGGCGCCGAUUUUAUGGUUGGCUCAUUUACUCACGAAAAUCCUGAAUCUGGUUUUGAGGGUUGGCUGUCGGGAAAUUUGAGAAAUAAUACUUUUCCCUCUUAUGAUAAAGAUAAUGGAUGGUUUACGACGUUUGGAGUAUUUUUUCCAACAGUUACUGGAGUUUUAGCGGGAAUUAAUAUGAGUGGCGAUUUACGACAACCGUCGACUAAUAUACCAAAUGGAACAUUGGCAGCUCUAGGAACAGGAACGUUCCUGUAUUUGAUUUUUUCCCUUUUUCUUGCAUCAACUUGCACGAGGGAGGUUUUGAAAAAUAAUUUUAUGAUAGCUUCGACAGUAUCGGCUUUUUCUGUUUUACUUCUUGCGGGACUUUAUGUCUCUUCAUUUAGCAGCUGUUUAGGAGCAAUGUAUGGUACUCCAAGAGUAUUGCAAUCAAUCGCUGGACAAAAUGUUAUUCCUGGAAUUAGUUGUUUACAAAGAGGCAAAGGACCGAAUAAAGUGCCAAUCUAUGCAAUGUUGGUGGUGGCUGUUAUCACAUUGGCUUUUAUCAUUAAGGGACAAAUUAAUACACUCGCUCCAAUUGUAACAAUGCCAUUUUUGUUGACCUAUGCUUGUAUGGAUUAUGCUUAUUUUGCCUUAGCUCAAACAUUUGAUUUACGACAUUCAAGGGAACAGAGAUUUUCUUCACAAACACCAACUUUUGAUAGAAAUUAUGGUGCUGCCGAGAGAAACGAUGGUAUAGAAACUGAAAACGAUUUAGAUACUUUAUUUCCUGAAAGAAUUCGACAUAAAAACAUUGCAUCAAAUCCUAAUUUCUCCGACAAUGUGAAUAUCGAUUCAUCACCAAGUUUAGAUGAAAAUAGCAGUGUAGCUGACUCAAUUGCAAGAAGAGUUCAUAUUCAUAACAAAUUAGGGAAUUGGUACAGUCCCUUUUGCAAUCGAUGGUUCUCUCUCCUCGGUGCGCUUGUAAAGCUUUUAAUAAUGUUCCUCGUCAAUUGGGUGUACGCUACAGCAAAUAUUAUUGUUGUUUUCCUUGUUUGGAGUUAUAUUGGCCACGCAAAUCCUGCUGUGAAACCUGGUGUUUCUGCUGAAUUUAAACUCUUUAAAUGGCUUAAAAAUUCAAUUCUUAAAUUAAUGGGAAGAAAAGUUUACGACUAUGAACAAAUAGUUGUGACACCAGUUCCACCUGGUGUAGAAACAUCUUCUGCACAAUUAAAUGAAGAAAAUGAAGAUUUCUCCGAAAGAAGGAGAUAUCAUCAAACUUCAACAGUCACUGGACAAUAUGUUCACGUUGAUUAAGAAACAAAACCAAAAAAAAAAAAGAAUAAUUAAUGCUUCAUUUAAAAAAAUGGCAAUAAUUAAAUCGGUAACGAUUUAAAAUUUAAUUUGAUUUUGCUUUCUCGUAAAGUAUUUUAAUUUUAUUAAUUAAUUAAAUUAUAAUUAAUGUCAUAGUUUCCGCACAAUUUAAUAGACGUUUACGUCUAUUGUUAAUAUUAAUUUGCUUUCUCUAACAGAGGAUAUCAAUUUUGAAAUUAAUAUUUUUCAUUUUUUAUUGUUUUUUUUAAUAAAUUUAAAAAAAAAUUGUUUAAAUAUAAAUUCGGCGUUGCUCUAGUACUUGAAAUUGGAAUGAUUUAUUAUUUAUAAGACAUUCCAGACAUUUACUUAUUUAUUUUUUAUUUUUUUUUUGAAAUGACUUUUAAUGUGAGAAUUAAUGUUAACUGCACGUUGUGAAUUUUAUAGCAGCUAUAUAUUAUUUUAUUGAAAAUUUUAAAGCACAUUCUACAAGAUAUACUUGGACUGACACAUUCUUUGAUUAUAUCAAAGAAGAAAUUUGUGAGAUUAAGUUUUGUAAGAUUUUUAAUGGAAAAAAAACAAAUUCUACAGACUGCUGACGAACAGAGUUAUAAUAAUAAACUCUUGAUUUUCGUUCGUCACUUCAGAUACUCUGUACAUAAAUAAUUUAUAUAUUUAUAUACAUGUAGCUUUUUAGGUUUUUAUAAAUGUCAUAACCAAUAUGAAUAAACUGUGAAAAACACUUUAAAUAAA